AUGGCGUAUCAUCAAGAUUUCACCAAGAAGCGUGCCUCGCACAAUCGCCUUCUAGCUCGACAAGAAUCUAGCACCCCCGCUCUCCCAGUGAGCAGCUCGCCGCCAACUAAUCCCCCUGAAGAACCUUCUCCGACCCCGACGCCGCCGGCACCUGCGCCUCCCCCACCAAGCUCUAUACCCCCGUCUUCUCGCGUCACCCCUACCCCCACACCCCCAGCAAACAAUAACAACAACAACCAGGAAUCUUCCAGAGCCAGACCAUCUUCUACCACCACUCCAAAUGUGACUACACCCUCAACGACUGCGACGUCCGCAUCAACGACGACUUCCUCCAGCAGCGUCGAGACCACCGAAUCCAGCAGCAGCAGCGUUUCUUCUACCACGGUCAGCUCUUCGACCACUGGCAUUACGACAUUGCCUCUUGCUUCGCCAGCUACCCGCCAGACAAGCAGCUUCAGUACUCUUCCGCGAACCACCUUUGUGAACACCGCUAGUAUUUCCAGUGCGACUUCUUCCGUCACCCCAGAAGCUUCGGGUGCCCUCAAUACUGGUGCGAUUGUCGGAGGCAUUGCAGGAGGCCUCGUUGGUAUAGGCCUGCUUGUUGUUUUGGUCAUGUUCCUUAUGCGACGUUUACGCAGGCGAUCUUAUGACGACGAUCAAUUCGAUUCGGUCACUUUCCGCCGCUCUGCUGUUCUUCUUGAUGACGGCGCUUCCAAGGGCGACAACUACGACACCUUCAAUCCUCGCCCGCCCAGCAUGAUCCAGCGUAAACUCGACAAUCAGAACGUUGCCCCAUCCCCUGUUCCUCAAGGCACUUACGCAAACUACGACAAUUACGGGUAUGGCGCACAAGAUUACGCUCAGCAGGGACAAGGAUACAAUGGCGGGUAUAACAACGGCUACAACAACGGCUACACGCAGAACUAUGCCAAUAAUGUGUCUGAUCAUGGCCAUAGCGGUUAUACGCCUCCCCAUCCCUAUGCUCAAGAUCCAGUCCCCUCGAGUAACCCCUACAACGGUGGCUUGGCUGUUCCUGCAGCUCGCGCUACCACUCGUACUGGCGCUCCCCGAGAUUCCAGGGUGAUAUCCAGAGUUGACGACGAAGAUGUAUACGGAGGCAUUUGA